GACGGCCUUGGCCCGGUUCAGAAAUGCUCAGAUGGAGGAGGGCAAAGUCAGGGUGAGGAUGAUGAUUAUGAUGGAGAAUGAUUAAAACGUUCAGCUUUAUUAUCCCAGAGAGUUCACUAAUCAUCAUAAAGUCUUCAUUGGUCGUGGCUCUUGUGUUGUGUUAUCCUGACAUGUCUGUUGACUGUUCCAGGAGAGGAGACCGUUUCUGGCCUCAGAAUGUACGGAGCUGCCUAAAGCAGAGAAGUGGAGACGACAGAUUAUCAGUGAGAUCUCCAAGAAAGUUGCUCAAAUUCAAAACGGUGAGUUGUCCUACAUGUGACAUUGAACCGUUAGUAAAUGUUUAUGAAAAAUGUAUGCACUCACUUAACUGUAAGUCGCUCUGGAUAAGAGCGUCUGCUAAAUGACUAAAAUGUAAAAAUAUAAAUGAAUGAAGAGCAUAACCUCAUCCAUUUGUUUCCCUGUUAUUCUCUCUGCUAGCUGGUCUGGGAGAGUUUAAGAUCCGGGACCUGAACGAUGAGAUCAAUAAGCUGCUGAGAGAGAAAGGUCACUGGGAGGUCAGGAUCAAGGAGCUGGGAGGACCUGACUACGGGGUAAUAGGGUUGGGGGAUUUCUAACAUGAAAAGAACAGUUGUAAACCAUACAGCGAAAUUCUUCCUUACAAGUUCACUAUGCAGAGUUUAAUAUCAAGGUACAAAAUAGAGAAUCCAUAAUAGGAUCUUUUAAAAAAAGCACUGAAUCAACACAAAAUAAAAACAGGAGAAAUAAGACAGAAGAAUAUGAGCUUUAUACAGGGUCAGUUCCAGUACCAUAUUAACAAUGUGCAGGGAUACUGGAGUGAUGGAGGUAGAUAUGUAUAGGGGUAAGGUGACAGGGAUACUGGAGUGAUGGAGGUAGAUAUGUAUAGGGGUCAGGUGACUAUAUACAGGGUCAGUUCCAGUACCAUAUUAACAAUGUGCAGGGAUACUGGAGUGAUGGAGGUAGAUAUGUAUAGGGGUACGGUGACUAUAUACAGGGUCAGUUCCAGUACCAUAUUAACAAUGUGCAGGGAUACUGGAGUGAUGGAGGUAGAUAUGUAUAGGGGUCAGGUGACUAUAUACAGGGUCAGUUCCAGUACCAUAUUAACAAUGUGCAGGGAUACUGGAGUGAUGGAGGUAGAUGUGUAUAGGGGUCAGGUGACUAUAUACAGGGUCAGUUCCAGUACCAUAUUAACAAUGUGCAGGGAUACUGGAGUGAUGGAGGUAGAUGUGUAUAGGGGUCAGGUGACUAUAUACAGGGUCAGUUCCAAUACCAUAUUAACAAUGUGCAGGGAUACUGGAGUGAUGGAGGUAGAUAUGUAUAGGGGUAAGGGGACUAUAUACAGGGUCAGUUCCAGUACCAUAUUAACAAUGUGCAGGGAUACUGGAGUGAUGGAGGUAGAUAUGUAUAGGGGUCAGGUGACUAUAUACAGGGUCAGUUCCAGUACCAUAUUAACAAUGUGGAGGGAUACUGGAGUGAUGGAGGUAGAUAUGUAUAGGGGUAAGGUGACUAUAUACAGGGUCAGUUCCAGUACCAUAUUAACAAUGUCCAGGGAUACUGGAGUGAUGGAGGUAGAUAUGUAUAGGGGUCAGGUGACUAUAUACAGGGUCAGUUUCCAAUACCAUAUUAACAAUGUGCAGGGAUACUGGAGUGAUGGAGGUAGAUAUGUAUAGGGGUCAGGUGACUAUAUACAGGGUCAGUUCCAAUACCAUAUUAACAAUGUGGAGGGAUACUGGAGUGAUGGAGGUAGAUAUGUAUAGGGGUAAGGUGACUAUAUACAGGGUCAGUUCCAGUACCAUAUUAACAAUGUGCAGGGAUACUGGAGUGAUGGAGGUAGAUAUGUAUAGGGGUCAGGUGACUAUAUACAGGGUCAGUUCCAAUACCAUAUUAACAAUGUGCAGGGAUACUGGAGUGAUGGAGGUAGAUAUGUAUAGGGGUAAGGUGACAGGGAUACUGGAGUGAUGGAGGUAGAUAUGUAUAGGGGUCAGGUGACUAUAUACAGGGUCAGUUCCAGUACCAUAUUAACAAUGUGCAGGGAUACUGGAGUGAUGGAGGUAGAUAUGUAUAGGGGUCAGGUGACUAUAUACAGGGUCAGUUCCAGUACCAUAUUAACAAUGUGCAGGGAUACUGGAGUGAUGGAGGUAGAUAUGUAUAGGGGUAAGGUGACAGGGAUACUGGAGUGAUGGAGGUAGAUAUGUAUAGGGGUCAGGUGACUAUAUACAGGGUCAGUUCCAGUACCAUAUUAACAAUGUGCAGGGAUACUGGAGUGAUGGAGGUAGAUAUGUAUAGGGGUAAGGUGACAGGGAUACUGGAGUGAUGGAGGUAGAUAUGUAUAGGGGUCAGGUGACUAUAUACAGGGUCAGUUCCAGUACCAUAUUAACAAUGUGCAGGGAUACUGGAGUGAUGGAGGUAGAUAUGUAUAGGGGUAAGGUGACAGGGAUACUGGAGUGAUGGAGGUAGAUAUGUAUAGGGGUCAGGUGACUAUAUACAGGGUCAGUUCCAGUACCAUAUUAACAAUGUGCAGGGAUACUGGAGUGAUGGAGGUAGAUAUGUAUAGGGGUAAGGUGACAGGGAUACUGGAGUGAUGGAGGUAGAUAUGUAUAGGGGUCAGGUGACUAUAUACAGGGUCAGUUCCAGUACCAUAUUAACAAUGUGCAGGGAUACUGGAGUGAUGGAGGUAGAUAUGUAUAGGGGUCAGGUGACUAUAUACAGGGUCAGUUCCAGUACCAUAUUAACAAUGUGCAGGGAUACUGGAGUGAUGGAGGUAGAUAUGUAUAGGGGUCAGGUGACUAUAUACAGGGUCAGUUCCAGGGUCAGUAGCUAUAUACAGGGUCAGUUCCAGGGUCAGUAGCUAUAUACAGGGACAGUUCCAGGGUCAGUAGCUAUAUACAGGGACAGUUCCAGGGUCAGUAGCUAUAUACAGGGACAGUUCCAGGGUCAGUAGCUAUAUACAGGGUCAGUUCCAGGGUCAGUAGCUAUAUACAGGGACAGUUCCAGGGUCAGUAGCUAUAUACCCCAGGGUCAGUAGCUAUAUACAGGGACAGUUUCCAGGGUCAGUAGCUAUAUACAGGGACAGUUCCAGGGUCAGUAGCUAUAUACAGGGACAGUUCCAGGGUCAGUAGCUAUAUACAGGGUCAGUUCCAGGGUCAGUAGCUAUAUACAGGGACAGUUCCAGGGUCAGUAGCUAUAUACAGGGACAGUUCCAGGGUCAGUUCUAUACCAUAUUAACAAUGUGCAGGGAUACGGUGGAAGUUGAGGUAAUCUGUACAUGUACGCAGGGGUAUAAAGUGACUAGCAGCAGGAUAAAUAAUAAUAAUAAAUAGUAGCAAUAUCGUAUUUUAUGAAAGUGUGUGUGCAUGUGUGAUAUUGUGCGUAUGUGUAUGUGUUUCCCCUAAUAUGGAUUCAGUCUUCAAAGGUGCACUAUGCAGAAAUCACUCCGCCAUUUCCUGGUUGCUAAAAUUGUAAUAGUUAGCCUAAUUUCAGUUUGUGACAAAACAAGCAAGUAUAGUGUAGAGAAUCAUUGUACCAUCUAAACUGCUGUGAAAUAUCUAUUCCAUAACCAAAAAUUCAGCUGUUUAAAGCUGGUGGACAAAACCGAAAGUAAAAGACGCAAAAACUCAACUUAAGAACGGGAAGCAUAGAAAUAGAAAUAGAGCACAUAGAACAGAUCUACCCCUUUUUAGACUUGCUUUCAAUGAGAAUGACAUAUCUACAGUUGGUCGUAAGUUUACAUACACUUAGGUUGGAGUCAUUAAAACUCGUUUUUCAACCACUCCACAAAUGUCUUGUUAACAAACUAUAGUUUUGGCAAGUCGGUUAGGACAUCUACUUUGUGCAUGACACAAGUAAUUCUUCCAACAAUUGUUUACAGACAGAUUAUUUCACUUAUAAUUCACUGUAUCACAAUUCCAGUGGGUCAGAAGUUUACAUACACUAAGUUGAGUGACUGGUGCACUUCACAAAAUAGAUGGCAUCAUGAGGAAGGAAAAUUAUGUGGAUAUAUUGAAGCAACAUCUCAAGACAUCAGUCAGGAAGUUAAAGCUUAGUCGCAAAUGGGUCUUCCAAAUGGACAAUGACCCCAAGCAUACUUCCAAAGUUGUGGCAAAAUGGCUUAAGGACAACAAAGUCAAGGUAUUGGAGUGGCCAUCACAAAGCCCUGACCUCAAUCCUAUAGAAAAUCUGUGGGCAGAACUGAAAAAGUGUGUGCGAGCAAGGAGGCCUACAAACCUGACUCAGUUAUACCAGCUCUGUCAGGAGGAAUGGGCCAAAAUUCACCCAACUUAUUGUGGGAAGCUUGUGGAAGGCUACCGGAAACGUAUGACCCAAGUUAAACAAUUUAAAGGCAAUGCUACCAAAUACUAAUUGAGUGUAUGUAAACUUCUGACCCUCUGGGAAUGUGAUGAAAGAAAUAAAAGCUGAAUAAAUCAUUCUCUCUACUAUUAUUCUGACAUUUCACAUUCUUAAAAUAAAGUGGUGAUCCUAACUGACCUAAGACAGGGAAUUUUUACUAGGAUUAAAUGUCAGGAAUUGUGAAAAACUGAGUUUAAAUGUAUUUGGCUAAGGUGUAUGUAAACUUCCGACUUCAACUGUCUGUCAGGUUACAUUUUGCAGCUUUAAAGUAGAACUGACGUUUUAAUAUGAAGAUAUGAAACCGACAAUCAUGUCGUCAGUAAAAAAUAUAAAAUUCACCAGACGGGGGGAGACGGGGGGAGACAGGGGGGAGACAGGGGGAGUGUGGUGGGGGUACCUAUACCAGACAGGGGGAGACAGGGGGAGACAGGGGGAGUGUGGUGGGGGUGUCUAUACCAGACAGGGAGGAGACAGGGGGAGACAGGGGGAGACAGGGGGAGUGUGGUGGGGGUGUCUAUACCAGACAGGGGGAGACAGGGGGAGUGUGGUGGGGGUACCUAUACCAGACAGGGGGAGACAGGGGGAGACAGGGGGAGUGUGGUGGGGGUGUCUAUACCAGACAGGGGGAGACAGGGGGGAGACAGGGGGAGUGUGGUGGGGGUGUCUAUACCAGACAGGGGGAGACAGGGGGGGACAGGGGGAGUGUGGUGGGGGUGUCCUAUACCAGACCAGGGGGAGACGGGGGGAGACAGGGGGAGACAGGGGAGUGUGGUGGGGGUGUCUAUACCAGACAUGGGGAGACAGGGGGGAGACAGGGGGGAGACAGGGGGAGUGUGGUGGGGGUGUCUAUACCAGACAGGGGGGAGACAGGGGGAGACAGGGGGAGUGUGGUGGGGGUGUCCUAUACCAGACAGGGGGGGAGACAGGGGGAGACAGGGGGAGGUGUGGUGGGGGUGUCUAUACCAGACAGGGGGAGACAGGGGGAGACAGGGGGGAGGACAGGGGGAGUGUGGUGGGGGGGGUGUCUAUACCAGACAGGGGGAGACAGGGGGAGACAGGGGGGAGACAGGGGGUACCUGUACCAGACAGGGGGAGACAGGGGGGAGACAGGGGGAGACAGGGGUACCUGUACCCAGACAGGGGAGGACCGGGGGAGACAGGGGGUACCUGUACCAGACAGGGGGAGACAGGGGGAGACAGGGGGGAGACAGGGGGUACCUGUACCAGACAGUGGGAGAGAGGGGGGAGACAGGGGAGACAGGGGGGAGACAGGGGGUACCUGUACCAGACAGCGGGAGACAGGGGGAGACAGGGGGAGACAGGGGGGAGACAGGGGGUACCUGUACCAGACAGCGGGAGACAGGGGGGAGACAGGGGGAGACAGGGGGUACCUGUACCAGACAGGGGGAGGCAGGGGGAGACAGGGGGGAGACAGGGGGAGACAGGGGGGAGACAGGGGGUACCUGUACCAGACAGAGGGAGACAGGGGGAGACAGGGGGGAGGCAGGGGGAGACAGGGGGGAGACAGGGGGAGACAGGGGGGAGACAGUGGUGGAGCAGAUGAUAAGUUCAAAGUGACCAAAACCAAGACACCGGUAAAAUCACUGAAUUCCAAAGCCAGAUCAAACAGCAAGUCAAGUCAUUACCUGAUCACUAGUGUCAUGUUAAUGUAAUGGGAUAUUAAAUGACAGUAUUAGUCUUGUCCUGAAUCAGAACACAGGGUCAUUGUCAUGUUCUCUUGUAUCCAUCUUCCAGAGAGUGGGACCAAGGAUGCUGGACCACGAAGGAAAGGAGGUCCCAGGAAACAGAGGAUAUAAAUACUUUGGAGCGGCUAAAGACCUGCCUGGAGUCAGAGAGCUGUUUGAGAAAGAACGUACGUUUACUGCCAAUUUAUACUCCAUGGAUGAUGUCCAGUUUAGGUUAAUACCAUGGAUACCAUGUUUGACAGCACUAUUGAAUGUGUACUGAUUGUCCCCCCCAGCCAUCCCUCCUCCCAGGAAGAGCAGAGCUGAGCUGAUGAAGGACAUCGAUGCUGAGUACUACGGAUACAGAGAUGAGGACGAUGGUGCGCUUGUCCCGCUGGAGCAGGAGUACGAGAAACAAGGUUCACACCCCUCUACAGUAGAUUAAUAUCCUUCCUGCUGUGUGUGUGUGUUACUAAGGCCAUGGUGAGGAGUAGGGCAGGUCAGCAGAUCAGUAGGUCAGCAGGUCAGCAGGUCAGUCAGGAAUCCUCCUGUGUCUCUGGAAAGGGAACGUGUCAGCACAAGAAUUUAGUUAACGUGACUCCAGGUUAUAACAUUAGGCUGUCCCUCUGCUGUCCCGGUAGAGAGAAAGUCUGUCUUUGUGUAGGUGCUGUAUCCUGCUGUGGUCUUGUGACCUGAUAGUAAUGGGUGAUGUGAUGCUGCUCAGAGAUCAUGUGUUCCCUAUUAGAGUUAAUAUCUAAUAUUAUAGUCCUCUACUUGGAGCACAGGACCACUGAUACCUCUCAUAGGAUACCUCUUUACUCAACACCACAGGACCACUGAUAACUCUCAUAGGAGACCUCUUUACUCAACACCACAGGACCACUGAUACCUCUCAUAGGAGACCUCUUUACUCAACACCACAGGACCACUGAUAACUCUCAUAGGAGACCUCUUUACUCAACACCACAGGACCACUGAUAACUCUCAUAGGAGACCUCUUUACUCAACACCACAGGACCACUGAUAACUCUCAUAGGAGACCUCUUUACUCAACACCACAGGACCACUGAUAACUCUCAUAGGAGACCUCUUUACUCAACACCACAGGACCACUGAUACCUCUCAUAGGAGACCUCUUUACUCAACACCACAGGACCACUGAUACCUCUCAUAGGAUACCUCUUUACUCAACACCACAGGACCACUGAUACCUCUCAUAGGAGACCUCUUUACUCAACACCACAGGACCACUGAUACCUCUCAUAGGAGACCUCUUUACUCAACACCACAGGACCACUGAUACCUCUCAUAGGAGACCUCUUUACUCAACACCACAGGACCACUGAUACCUCUCAUAGGAGACCUCUUUACUCAACACCACAGGACCACUGAUACCUCUCAUAGGAGACCUCUUUACUCAACACCACAGGACCACUGAUACCUCUCAUAGGAGACCUCUUUACUCAACACCACAGGACCACUGAUACCUCUCAUAGGAGACCUCUUUACUCAACACCACAGGACCACUGAUACCUCUCAUAGGAGACCUCUUUACUCAACACCACAGGACCACUGAUACCUCUCAUAGGAGACCUCUUUACUCAACACCACAGGACCACUGAUACCUCUCAUAGGAUACCUCUUUACUCAACACCACAGGACCACUGAUACCUCUCAUAGGAGAUCUAUUUACUCAACACCACAGGACCACUGAUACCUCUCAUAGGAGACCUCUUUACUCAACACCACAGGACCACUGAUACCUCUCAUAGGAUACCUCUUUACUCAACACCACAGGACCACUGAUACCUCUCAUAGGAUACCUCUUUACUCAACACCACAGGACCACUGAUACCUCUCAUAUGAAAUCCUCUUUACUCAACACCACAGGACCACUGAUACCUCUCAUAGGAUACCUCUUUACUCAACACCACAGGACCACUGAUACCUCUCAUAGGAUACCUCUUUACUCAACACCACAGGACCACUGAUACCUCUCAUAGGAUAUCGCUUUACUCAACACCACAGGACCACUGAUACCUCUCAUAGGAGACCUCUUUACUCAACACCACAGGACCACUGAUACCUCUCAUAGGAUACCUCUUUACUCAACACCACAGGACCACUGAUACCUCUCAUAGGAUACCUCUUUACUCAACACCACAGGACCACUGAUAACUCUCAUAGGAUACCUCUUUACUCAACACCACAGGACCACUGAUACCUCUCAUAGGAUACCUCUUUACUCAACACCACAGGACCACUGAUACCUCUCAUAGGAUACCUCUUUACUCAACACCACAGGACCACUGAUACCUCUCAUAGGAGACCUCUUUACUCAACACCACAGGACCACUGAUAACUCUCAUAUGAGACCUCUUUACUCAACACCACAGGACCACUGAUACCUCUCAUAGGAGACCUCUUUACUCAACACCACAGGACCACUGAUACCUCUCAUAGGAGACCUCUUUACUCAACACCACAGGACCACUGAUAACUCUCAUAUGAAAUCCUCUUUACUCAACACCACAGGACCACUGAUAACUCUCAUAUGAGACCUCUUUACAAAUCCUCUGGAUGAAAGGUUUUUCCUGUGGUCGAAGGUAGUUGGAGGGUACUGACAUGACACCUAAAAAUCUACACUGAGUGUACAACACAUUAGGAUCCCUGUGGAACGACAUCUUGUAGAGUCCAUUCCUGUUCUGAGGGCAAACAGGAGUGAGUCCAUUCCUGUUCUGAGGGCAAACAGGAGUGAGUCCAUUCCUGUUCUGAGGCCAAACGGGAGUGAGUCCAUUCCCUGACGAAUUGAGGCUGUUCUGAGGGCAAACAGGAGUGAGUCCAUUCAGAACAGGAAUGGACUCACUCCCGUCUGCCCUCAGAACAGCCUCAAUUCGUCAGGGAAUGGACUCACUCCCGUCUGCCCUCAGAACAGCCUCAAUUCGUCAGGGAAUGGACUCACUCCCGUUUGCCCUCAGAACAGGAAUGGACUCACUCCCGUUUGCCCUCAGAACAGGAAUGGACUCACUCCCGUUUGCCCUCAGAACAGGAAUGGACUCUACUUAACCCAAUACUUAACCCAAUACAACCCAAUACACAAUACUUAACCCAAUACAACCCAAUACACAGUACUUAACCCAAUACACAUGGUCACCUCAAGUAACUUGUGUGUGUGUGUUGUCUCAGUGAUAUUGGAGGCAGUGGAGAAAUGGAAAGCAGAGAGAGAAGCGCGUCUGGAAGGAGGAAGAGAGGAGGUGGAGGAAGAGGAGGAACACAUGUAUGCUAUAAAGGAGGAUGAGGUGAAUAUCAGUCAAAACGUAUUCCCAUGUCUGGCA